AUGGACACCGAUCUGCAGCUUUCUGGCGAGGGACAAUCUUCGGAAACGACGACAUACGCGCUGGAGCAAUACCUCAACAGUGACGGCGGAGUGACGGAGCGCCUGUUGAGGGGGCUCAAUGUCGGUGAUAUCGCGGGCCGGACCCAGGCGGUGAUGGAUGCGGUGGACAGACUUGCGGAUAGAAUCGCUCAGCCGUCUCAGACCCCCAACUGA